AUGUCUUCAUCAACCAAUUUCCUUAUUCUUUUGAUCGUUUUGGUUUGUGCUUUCGGAGUUGCUGAUGCUCAAUGGGGCGGAUAUGGAAUGAGAGGAUACGGUAUGGGUGGAUAUGGCAGAAGAUACGGUAAGUAACAUUUUAUUUUAUCUACUUGUAUUUGUUAACAAAUGUAUUUUUCAGGUGGAUACGGUGGCGGAUAUGGGCGUGGGAUGGGAAUGUAUGGAAUGAGAGGAGGAUACGGAGGAAUGGGAGGAAUGGGAGGUAUGGGAAUGUGGGGACGAUAA